CCCGCGGCCCGCCGAUGAAUUUGAUAUGAAUGGCAGUUGUUGUGUUUUAACUAUUUGAUGUAAAUAAUUAUGGUUAGGAACUUUUUUGACAUAAAUUGUGUUUUCUGAUAUAAUUUGGAUAUGGAUAGCAAAUGGACAGACACCAAAAAAAGUGUAAACAAGAAUUUGGAAGACCUGAAGAAAGAGUUAGAGGGUAAAUGGAAGCUGUUGCCUCCUUCAGAAGAACUCAAGAGUACGGCACACGAUAGGUUUUUGACAGGGCUGAAGAAUUACAUGAAAAAUUACCUGAAAGAAGAAGAAGAACUGUUAACAGAGCAUCAGAUAAAAGUUUUACGAGAAGAUGUAGAGAAAAUGUGGGCUCUGUGUUGUUAUACAGAUACACAGAAAGAAGAGUUCCCAGAGUAUAAUGUACCUGUUGUGUCUGAAGCAAUCCUGGACAAACAUAGAAAGUAUCUUGCUACAUUGGAAGUAUUGUAUAAAAACAAUGAGUUGGUAUUCAGUUCAGCAAAGAAGUAUUUUGACCUCUGGCAUCAUGUGCAGGAUCUUGAAAAACAGUUAAGUGACCCUACUCGACUUUUCACUAAUCGAGGUGCACUGCUCCUUAAAAAUGAAAAGGAUCGCAAGGAUGGAAAAAAGGAAUUAAGUCGCUUGGAGGGAGAGCUGACAAGACUGGCAAAACAGCAUGAAGAAAAGUACGGGAAUCAACUUUUGAUACAUGGAGAAACAGUUAUAUCAUGGUUGCAAAAAUUUAAGCCAGAAUCUUUUCCAGGAUCAACUUGCAAAUCUAGGGUUCGCCCUUGGCACAAUGGGAUGUCAAGCCAAACAUCUACGGCAAAAAAGAGGCCAUGCACCACAGACUCUACUAUCAGCAAUGGGCCUGCACCAGCUAAACAAUGCAAGCGCUCCCUACAUGGGAAAGUGAAUGGUUUUUAAGUCUUUUAAUGACGAUUUACAUGUACAAUUAUUGUAACUGCUGAGCUUCAUCAGCUUCAUCGUUUUAUUCUGUACUGAGUCAUUUUAAGUCACUGUGUACAAAACAUAGAUUAUUUAGAACUGUUUAUAUUAAAGUAAAUGUGUAGUUUUAACUCAUCUUGUUGUACUGCUGUCACUGAGGAGAAAAAAGAUAAAACAUUCUUUGCAUGGAUAUGAACAUCCAUAUUGUUAGUUUUAGCUUCUAGUGCAAUGAUAAGUUUUAUUAUAUCAUAUCUAUUUUAUUGUAAAUAAAUAAUUUUACACAAGAAACCACAGCAUCAGAUGUGAUCAGUAAGACUGGAGAUUUGGAAAGGUAAGAAGAUAUUUUGUUAAUUAGAUAAACAAGACUUUAAUAUGCUAUGUUUUAUAAGAUUUUUCACCCCCUCGUUAUUGAUAUACUCUGUAAUUUAUAUCUUUGAGAAUUCAGCCAGGUUGACACUUUCAUGGUUAUGGACAAUAUUUUCAUUCAGUCAGUUGUGUCUGGUGAAGACAGUGUAGGUGAUUGGCAGAAGUUUGAGAUUUUACUUAGAAUUACUCAACAAGGAAAGCAAGACUGUUUUAUACAUUAAUAGUG